AAAGGGAAGAAAUCAGCUCUUACGAGUCUUGAAUAUAUUUCAUGAGCUUCUAUAUAAAGACACAACAGCCUCAGUAAAAAGGAUGUAGUAAUAAGGACUUCUGCAGCUGGCAUAAUAAGACAUGGGCCAGCUGUGAUGGAGUUCAAAAGAGGAAAAACAUUCAUAAAAUCUGGCAUGCAUCUGACUCAUGAAAAGCUACCUUUAGUGCACUUAAAUCCUAGAGAAAAGGAUAAUGUCAAAGCAGACAUAAAAGAGAAGAGCAAGCCUGAUGUUGAAAUUCAAAAAGCAACUUUUUCUGCAGAUAAAAAUGGCAGUUUUUCCAGAUUAACAAAAACUGGCUCUAGUGAGAGUAUACUGCUGCUACCCCAAUCUUUCUACAAACCUGUUAGGAAAAGCAAAACCCAUGACUGUGUUCUAGGAGGAAUAAAUAAAAUUGAACCAUGCAGUUACACUAAUGAAAAUUCUGAAGAGGACGUUUUAGCUUCUGAAAAAAGCAACAGGAGACUCGUCAACAGUGCCAGCUUUUCUGGGCUUGGAAACACCCAAUAUUCUAGUGGCAAGAAAGAAUCUGUGGUCAACUCAAGCCAUUUUUUGAACAGCCCUCAACAGAUGAUUGAUUACCGCAACUUUGUACCCCAAAUGCCCUUUGUGCCAGCUGUUGCCAAAAGUAUACCUAGGAAGAGAAUUUCCCUGAAACGGUCCAAAAAAGGUUUUCGAGAUAUCUUUCAUAUUAAAAAAAAUAAGCCUGAGAAUGUUGCCUUGUUUUCAGAAAAGCAAAAAAGGGCAUUUCCAGGCUACAAGUCAGAAUUGGCAGGAAAGUUUGGUAAAUAUUUAUUCAAAGCUGGUGAAACCUUUUCUACCGAUUUCUUGGCACAAGACUUAUCUGAUUGUGAGCUUCAGUCUGAGUCUUCAUAUGAAUAUUCAAGUACUUUGUGUGAAGAUGUUGCUUCCCUGAAAAGCUUUGAUUCUCUCACAGGAUGUGGAGAAAUCUUUGCAGAUGAAAGUUCUGCUCAUAUGGAAUUGGAGGUCAGCAAAGAAAUUUUGUUUAGACAAUCUCACCAAAAAGAGAAUCCUGCCAUGGGUUCCUUUCAAGGUGGAGUAGAGCAGCUUGCUUCCCCAGCUCAAAAUGAAGCAGCUGAUUUUUCAAAACUUUGGGACAACAUCAACAAAUCUGUGCAAUUGCACCAGAAGACACUGUUUGAUAGGAGUUUGCUAAAAAUACCUAGCAGUGAGUUGGAAAAAGCAAAGAAAGAAGCCAAAGGCUCAGUGGCUGACUUGCUUUCUUCUCCUGACUCUUCUAAAGACAGUUCCAUAGAUACGGGGACCCCAAAGAGUGACAACCAGGAAUCUAUGUCCACCAGUGAUGAAGGAUACUAUGAUUCAUUUACUCCUGGGCAUGAUGAUGAAAUAAGGGAGGUUCAAUCCCCUGGAACACCAACCCAGUUUCCAAGAGACAGUUAUAGUGGAGAUGCCCUAUAUGAACUAUUCUAUGAUCCUAAUGAAGAUCAAAUCAGCCCAGUUCUAGAUGAUGAUUUAUGCUUCUCUGAAAGCAUUUCAGAAAAGGCAGUUGAGAUACCUUUAUCAAUUUACAGCUUUCAUGUAGGGUCAGAAGAAAAUAUGGCUUCCCAGCCAACCAUUGACAUAAUCAGUCAGGGAUUCCUUCACAGCACAUGGAAGGGCAAAGAAUGCUUGCUUAAGCUAUGUGAUACUGAACUUUCCCUGACCAUGGGGAUUAUCAAUUGGCUGCGAAAAAAGCCAGGACUGUUUUCCCCCCAAGAAUUUCCUAACAAUCCUCAGACAAAGAUGAGAAAAGAUGAUGAGUCAGUGUCUCAAUGCAUCCCAGAUUUUAAGGAAAAUAAAAGCAAUCCAGGGGCAUCUUCAACUGAUAGCAAAAGUGAAAUCCAGAUAUAUUCAGUAGAAAAAAUUGAACAUGAUCAAAAGGAUAUCCAUUCAUGUAGCUUUCUAGAAAGAGAAGAAAAUGUGAAUGCCAUGUCCGAGCUCAUAAUUAACAAUGGCAUACCAGGUGACAGACAAAGAGUAGAGGAUAGUUGGGAUGAUCUAUUGGUAAAUUCAUCUGAAAUGAAGGUGUUUCUCUCAGAAGAAUGUACAGAUAUUAGUAUUGAAUCUCUGCCAUUAGAGGUCUCAAAUGAAGAUUCAGUUUGCCACAUUGUUAUGGAUAAUCAUGAUGCAGAAUCAUGUUCUUCUUACAUGACUGCCGCAACUUCUCCAGAUUCACUAGAGCCUGAAGAUGACAGUGAAUCAAAGAAUGAAUCCUGGUCUGUUGAAUGUAAGGAUCCAACGGAGCCAUUGAGCUUCAGUCAUUCUCAAGUUCCCAUUAGUGAGACUUCAAAGGAGAAUAAUACUAACCCAAUGCAGCUUUUAGAACAUUGUGUUACUCAAGUUGCUUCUUUAAAGAUCGGUUAUGAUUCUAAAAACAAGCCUUUCAAAGAUAAAGGGACUGGAAAUGAAAUGAGCAACGAUAUAGCUCAAUUUAAAAAACACCCCCAGUUGCAAAAUGAACACAGUGACAUAACCCCAAGGUCAAAGAAUUUUCUUGGCCAUCAUGCAAAUCAAUAUAAUGUUCAAAUAACAACUGAUGCCAAGUCUUCAUCUUUUACGAAUCAGAAAGAAAAUAUAAUUUGUUCUGAAGAUGAGAAAAACUUAAGUAUCUUAGAUCGUGUUGGUCAAAUUACAAAAAAUAAACUGAUGUUCGAAUAUGCUCAACUGAAUAGUCAAGCCUUGUCUUAUAUUAAAGAUUUCAGAGUUGAACUUAAUACUCAGAAUUCUUCUGCAAUGUCAGACAUUUGCAGGCCUACAUUUUUACCAUUCUUCAGUUCCAUUUGCUCAGAUUCAGCCAAUCAAUUUUCACAAUCUUUCUGCAAAAGGUUCCGUUCAUUGGGGAAGCAUUCAUACAAUCAAGGGAUUAUACCAGCUGCCCUGCCCUUUAAUGACUAUUCAAAAUUACAUUGUAAAGUACUACCACAAGUUGCUUCACUUUCACUUUCAAAGGAUGAUGUCAAAGAGAGAACAAUAAUGGAGAAAAACCAAGAAUAACUGGCUGAAAUAAGGUACAACUUUAAAGAAAGCUGCUCUUCCUCUACAUUCUUUAAAAGUAAAUUUCUCAUCAAGUGAGGUAAGAAAUUGGCGACCCAAUGACAGAGAACUAAUGAAGAUGCAACUGUGGAUAAUCAUGUUCCUCUUAAUCUCCUACCAGAAGAAUUUGGAUUUAAAUGACCAUAGUAUAUUCUUAACAUCUUGUUAUUUUAUUCAUUGAAUGCAUCUGACAAAUUAAAGGUGACAACUUGUCUAUAGGGAACUGAGUCAAAUGUAAAUAUUCCUUUUAUUUUUAGAAUAUAGGUAUAUCCUUUCCUCAUAAUUCUCUUUACUGUGGGCAAUUUUGGGAGAUUUCAGAACAUGUAAGUAUUAUGCCAUGAUACCCUAUUAAAAGCAAUGCCUCAGCCCAGUUAAGAUUGUUGUUAUGUGUACAAAGGAUGCAAAUGAAUGUAUUCCUAAAUGUAUAAGGAUCUCUGCAUGCAAAUGAGUGCUUUAUUCUGGAAUUUAGGCGGUUGUUCUAGCCCAGUGAUGGCGAACCUUUUAGAGACCAAGUGCCCAAACUGCAACCCAAAACCCACUUAUGUAU